AUGUCCCUCAGCAAGCACGUUGACGCGGACGAGCUGAUCCAGCAAGCUGCAGACCACCCGAUCCUGGGCCUCCUCCAGCAUGCGGGAGGAAAAAAGUCGCACGCCUUCCAUUCGGGCGCACACGCCGGGCGCUACACCACCGAGCCCAUCCCCAAAUACAAGAUCCCCGAGAACGGCACCUCGGCCGAGGCGACAUACCAGCUGCUCAGCUCGGACCUCUCGCUGGACGGCAAGCCCACUUUGAACCUCGCCUCGUUCGUGCACACCUGGAUGCCCGACGAGGCGACCAAGCUCAUGACCGAGACCAUGAUGAUCAACAUGUGCGACCAGGACGAGUAUCCCGCCACGAUGGCGAUGCACGCACGAUGCAUCUCGAUGCUCGCCGACCUCUGGAAGGCGCCCAAGGAGUACGACUCUGAGGGCAAGCGCAAGUCGGCCAUGGGUGUUGCCACCACCGGAUCGUCCGAGGCGAUCAUGCUUGCGUGUCUGGCGGCCAAGAAGCGCUGGCAGCACAGGAUGAAGGAGCAGGGCAAGAGCUUCAAGGAGCCCGGACCGAAUAUGGUAUUCGGUAGCAAUGCGCAGGUGGCCAUCGAAAAGUUUGCGCGCUAUUUCGAUGUCGAGGAGCGUCUGGUGCCUGUGUCGCACGAGAGCAGGUACUGCCUCGACAUCAACAAGGCGAUUGACAUGGUGGACGAAAACACGAUCUGCGUCGUCGUCAUCCUCGGAUCCACCUACACGGGCCACUACGAAGACGUCGAGGGCAUGAGCAAGCUCCUCGACGCCUACCAGGCCCGCACGGGCAUCGACAUCCCCAUCCACGUCGAUGGAGCAAGUGGUGCAAUGGUGGCCCCUUUUGCUACGCCCGAUUUGAAGUGGUCGUUCGAACUCCCGCGCGUCAAGAGCAUCAACACGUCCGGUCACAAGUUCGGCAUGGUGUAUCCCGGUUUGGGAUGGGUGCUGUUCCGAUCCAACGAUCUGGUUCCCAAGGAGCUGGUGUUUGAGCUCCACUAUCUAGGCUCGGUCGAGUACUCGUUUGGACUCAACUUCUCGCGUCCUGCGCAUCCAGUCAUCGGGCAGCUGUUCAACUUUAUCAACCUCGGAUUCAACGGCUACCGACGCGUUAUGCAGGCCGACCUCCAAAACGCGCGUCUGCUCGCACGCGCGCUCGAAAGGAGCGGAUACUACGAGGUGCUUUCCGAAAUCCACCAACCCGCCUCGAACCCAGGCGCCGUGGACGAACAUUCCGCCGAAGCCUACCGACCCGGUCUACCCGUCGUCUCCUUCCGCUGGUCGCAGUCGUUCCGCGAACGAAACCCGGACCUCGAACAGCGCUGGAUGCAGACCCUCCUAAGGGCAAAGGGAUGGAUCGUUCCCAACUACAAUCUGUCGCCGGAUCUGGAGGAUAUCGACAUCCUGCGUGUAGUCGUGCGCGAGAACCUCUCGGAAAGCAUGAUCGAACAGCUGGUGUAUGAUAUUAUCUCCAUCACCGAGUCGCUCCAAAAGGAUGCCGGCGACGGAGGAUUCCGCAAGCUCGCCCAACUCACCUCCAAGCACGUCUCUCCUCCCGUCGGCACCACCGCCGAGAAGGAUGCUGCCAGGUCCACCGGUCAUCCCAACCCGGCUCACGAUAAGCACCGCGGUGGUCUGCCGCACGGCUCGGGUCACCGUGCCAAAGGCUACUCCAAGCAGUGCUAG